AUGGACCCUCAGGAAGUGGUCAUAUCCGCAUUGAAAGAGAGAAACAUACCGCCGAAACGUGACGAAAUUACAUCGGCUUUUCGAAAUGAGAUCAACGGCGUCGGCAAUACGGAAUGGGUACAGGAACACCUCACCCCGGACACGCUUCUGUCGCAAGAGGAAUUGAGACUGUAUGCUCUGCACUCUGUACCUGUUAACUGGGAUGCUCAUAUGCUCAUUUUGGAACGCUCACAUAGGUACUCCAAGCUAGAAGAAUCAGGUGCUUUGCCUGCUCUUUUCUCUGAUGCGAACUUCGAUUCCACUCGACCUUUCCUAGACGAUGACCUCCAAAGGGCAAUUGAAGCGCUUAACACGUCCACGGCAAAUAUACAGAGGCAGAUAGACAUAUUGACAUCCCAAUAUGAAAUCUUGCACCGGCAACAUAAGCGGGGCGACGACCAAGCAUCCAAGCAAAACAGAGAGGUGGAACGGUUACGGCGGAAACAUGAGGCAGCGACGCAGAAUACGGCUGCUGCGAUAAGCGAAAUGGUGCAUGAACUGGAGGUCAGCCUCAAGAAUGAAUCAGAGAAGUCGACUAUGGACGGCAAGAAGAUACUUUCUGCUUUGACGGUGCGGUUGAAAGAUAACGACAAACUAUUAUCAGAUAUCGAGGCGCUUGCAUCUGGAGUAAAGUCCUUUGACGGCGACGCCUCUACUAUGAAGCGGACAACGGAACUGAGCAGUAUCCUGUCCAAAUAUGUCGCGGAAGAGAUAUACUGCAGACUUGAUCGCUUGUACCUGGAGAAACUCCUCGAUGGUAGCAAAUCAGUCUCCGAUGUCCCAACGGACAAGGACACUGAGACUGUAGCUGGCCUGGAACAAGAGACGGAUUCUCUCUAUCCCGAAAUCGACAUCCUGGCCGAAAUGUCCACUAAGCAACAAUUUGUGGAGCCUAUACUACGACAGCUCCGGAAUCACCAUGGCCAGCUGCGCAUAGCCUCUCAUCAAAAACUUGACCUUAUCCUCAAGAUGGUCAUGGAUAUGACUACAUCUACAGAAAAUCUGAUCACAGCCCUUCAAGACCGCGAGUCUCUCUGCGCCACCCUCGAGGCUUUUGCAUCUGCAUAUCGGUCUGAGGUGGGUGAUCAGAUCUUGGACUCGAAUAGCUCAAGACGAGAAACAAUGAGAAGGUUUUCCACACAACCCACAUCCAUGUCGGUUCAGCCCGGGAGACAGUUGGGUCAUUUCCCUGAAUGCGAGGCCUUAAGUGGGCUCUUGCGCCGCUUAGGUCUGUCAUUCGAGGCUGUCUUCCAAGCUGAACAAGCCGAGGGUGGGAUACAAACCUUGAUCACGGAACGACAGCACAUGCUCGACGGACUGCACAACUAUGGCAUUGCCAGUGACUCACCACUAGCGGUUGAGCUGCUACCAACAGAUCGGGCAACCAGGCUUGUUUAUUCCGCUCUUGAAGCCGAUUCUUUGUUUACAACCUCUUUGUCGAGCAUGGAGCACGAGAGGAGCCUCUCAGAGCUCGAGUCCAAGCUCAGCCGUAUCCAGAAAGGGAUCGAGAGACUCAAUUAUGAUGUUGUUUACCAGCGAAACAAGAAUAAGGAAAGUUUCCUAGAGAGAUGGGGGUAG